AUGGCCAGCGUCGUCAUCAUGCCAAUAUUAUGGAAGACCCAGACCAUUAAGGGUCUGUGGACUCUUGGCCAAGCUCCCACCAGACUCUUCAGCAAAUGUCACCUGGCGCCGGCGGCUCAGAAUUUUUCAGACUACGAAUCCAUACGAGAACAAUACAAGCCGGAAGUGCCAGAGUACUUCAACUUCGCGAAAGAUGUGCUUGACAAGUGGGCUGAGAUGGAAAAGGAGGGAAGAGGACCUUCCAAUCCAGCUCUUUGGUGGGUCGGGGACCGAGGAGAGGAAGUGAAAUGGAGUUUCGAGGAGUUGGCGUCGGUAUCCAAGAAAGCGGCCAACCUGCUUUCUGAGCAGUGCGGCCUCAAGAAGGGGGACCGAGUUAUAGUGAUCUUAUCGCGGAUUCCCGAAUGGUGGCUCCUGAACGUGGCUUGUAUGCGAACAGGAACUGUUCUUAUUCCCGGGACAACACAGCUGACCGCAAAAGACAUCCUGCACAGACUGCAGGCCUCCCGGGCCAAGUGUAUCAUCACCGAUCAAGUUUUGGCCCCUGCCGUAGACAGCGUGGCUUCCCAAUGCCAGUCCCUUGCUUUCAAGCUCAUCGUGUCAAGAGACCACAGGGACGGCUGGCUCAGUUUCCACGACUUGUUGAACCUCGCGCCAGCCGACCACAACUGCGUGGCCACCAAGAGCCGUGAGCCGAUGGCCAUCUAUUUCACCAGCGGCACCACCGGCGCUCCCAAGAUGGCUGAGCAUUCCCACAGCAGCCACGGAAUUGGACUCGCUCUCAACGGAAGGUACUGGCUUGACCUGACCCCCAAGGACAUGAUUUGGAACACUUCUGACACAGGCUGGGCCAAAUCCGCGUGGAGCAGCGUUUUUGCGCCAUGGAGCCAGGGGGCAGGCGUCUUCGUCCACGGCAUGCCGCGUUUUGAGCCGAAGCCUGUCCUUGAAACCUUGUCCAGGUUUCCCAUAACGACUUUCUGUUCCGCACCUACUGCUUAUCGGAUGCUGAUACGCCACAACUUAAGCAGCUACACCUUCCACAGCUUGAAGCACUGCGUGAGUGCCGGAGAGCCCAUGAACCCUGAAGUCAUGGAGGACUGGAAAAGAGAAACAGGCCUGGAUAUCUACGAAGGCUACGGGCAGACAGAAACGGUGCUGAUCUGCGGAACUUUCAAGGGCAUGAAAAUUAAGCCCGGCUCUAUGGGGAAGCAUUCUCCUGCCUAUGACACUAAGAUCAUAGACGAGGACUGCAACAUUUUGCCUCCUGGGAAAGAAGGUGAUAUUGCCAUCAGGAUAAAACCGACACGCCCAUUUUGCCUUUUCACGCAAUACACGGAGGAUCCUGAGAAGACCGCCUCCACCAUACGCGGAAGUUACUAUGUCACUGGAGACAGAGGGAUUCGAGACGAAGAAGGCUACUUCUGGUUCGUGGGAAGAGCAGACGACGUCAUCAAUUCAGCGGGGUACCGCAUUGGGCCGUUUGAAGUCGAGAGCGCCUUGAUAGAACAUCCAGCCGUUGUGGAAUCUGCUGUGGUCAGCAGCCCGGAUUCCCUCAGAGGAGAGGUUGUGAAAGCCUUUGUCGUUUUGGCCCCCGAUUACGUCUCACACGACCCCGAAGCGCUAACCCAGGAGCUGCAGGAGCAUGUCAAAAAGGCCACCGCCCCAUACAAGUACCCGAGAAAGGUGGAGUUUGUGCCACAUCUGCCGAAGACCGUCAGCGGGAAGAUCAGAAGGAACGAGUUGCGCAAGAAGGAGUGGGGGGAGGCUUAG